AUUGCUGCCAAAUGAUUGAAGUGUUUUACUUUUAGAAGAAAAAGUGCUAAAAGAAAUGUAGAUAAAGCACAUCGUAUUUUAGAUAUUUUUUAACAUAAUAUUUCUUUUAAUAAUGUUUUAUUUACUAAAAUAAAUAAGACGUUCUUUGAAUUAACAGUAACGGUAUUUGGAUGGAUUUUCUAGAUUCAUUAGAUCUACAACUGUAUGCGCAUGACAAAAAGACGGCCCGCGUGCGCUCAUGGUACCUCUUCGAACAGUACAAGGCGCUGGAAGAACACCAGCUGGACGCGGCGCAGCAGCUGCGGACCAGAGCGGUGCAGGAACAACUGCUGCAGCAGGAACUCACGGAGCGGCGCGCUCGGCGUAGUCUUUUUGAUCAGGUCAGCGUCUAUAUCAGCGACCCAAAGCAAGGCAGCCAAGCCACCUGCCUCAGCACCAACAACGAUGAUUUCUAUGAGAGCUUCUGCGAGCUCCGUGACUUCGAAGACGCCCAGAGCCUGGGCAGCCACAAUGGCUCCGACAACACCUUCAUGGAGGAUAAGAAUUUAGAAGACUUCGAGGAAGAUACUAGCCGCGCGGACAGUGUUUCUAGCGUCGUUGACAGGGAAGCUACGGUCAGAUCCCCGCAACGAACUAUUACUGAAAACAUCAAGCUGCAUCUCCAGACCGUCAAAGAAAACAUGGCAAGCCUGGAAAGAUAUGCGCGGACGGGAGAGGGGGACCGUAUGUCGGAGACUAGCGUAGAUUCCCUGGGUUGGCCCAAGCGAAGCUAUCGUCGGAAGAACGUUGAUAACAACCAAUUGUUUUAUAUGUGGACCCGACUGGUUGCCUUUGCGUACCAUAUUAUACAGCUUAAUCAUGGCAACUGCUAUUACGACUACAGCUCCCAACUGCUGACGGCCGUGCUGGCGUGCGAUGCGCUGCGCCGCGGCGUCAACCGCAUGUGUGAUAUUUUGCAGUAUUACGUCUCACCAGUCAAAUUUGCUAGUGAUUCUGAAGACCGUUCAACUGUCUGCAGCAAAAAACUUAAAAAGAAGAAGUCUUACGGGUCGAAAAAAACAAGGAAUUCGUCUAAAUAUAAGGUAAAUUCGAGUUUGCGAAAUAAUAUCACGAGGCGCAGCGAAGCUGACCACCAUUCUGACCGUUCCUGGCGAAACUGCAGAAAAUACUCAGUCACACACACAGUCGAACAAAACGGCAAACACCGACAGCCGAGGAGACGAAAGAGGCAAAGCACUAAACGCUGUGCGUUCAGUGUCACCCAUGGCAGCGGCCGCAGCCUCUGGCCCUCGGAGCUGGGCGCAUGCGCCAACGCCAAUCCCAUGCGCACGCUCGCAAGGUAUUUGGACGACGUCCUCAAAACUGGCCGAAGACUUGAUUUUUGAUGUUUUUGUUUGGUUAA